CGGCGGCACUCUCCUGGGGGAGGCACGUCUGCGGUCAUAGCAGCAGCAGCAGCAGCUACUGCCAGCAGCUGCAAUUACACAACCAAGCGCCCACUUUCGCCAUUGAGGCCGUGGGCUGGAGGCCAUCAGUUCCUCAGCAUAAAAGGCCACGUUCGAGGCUAGUCGGUCUGUGAUUCUUGUUCGUGCUCUUUCGUCUCGUGUGCGUUCUACUGCCAGAAAGCCAGGGAAAAAAGGACGAAAUCCAAUAACCACAAAGCUUAAGAACAAACGAACUUGAUAACUAUACUAGUGCGCACGGAUCGGGAGGUCGUCUAUCAAAUCAGCGAAGAAAUUUAAUUCGCUUAAUCGAGGUUACAACAUUAGCACAUUUCCGGUUGGCGACAAGGACGGAUAGUUGCGACCACCUGUUGUUGUAGCUGCCAGGUGGCUAGAUUAUCCGGGACCUUACACGUGGUCCGGCACCAAGUUAUGAACCGUGGGUCGUGUAUAUUCGGUCGUAGUUCGCUCCUCCUCCCGGCACUGCUGGCAGUCCUACUAGGCCUGGUGGUCCUAUGCCAAUCUGCAGGAGCCUAUGUGCUGCCACGUCGUGGAGCAGUAUCCGGUCGCGAGCAGAACGUCGACGGUGUGGACGCCGGCGCAGGACCCUAUUUCAGCAGACACCUGCGCUCGCGAAUUCAUCGCAAUGGCCGAAGUGAUCGCCGUCGUCAUGGUCGCCUAAUCGUAAAUGUCACAACUUCUGAGCAAGCUGUUUUCCAGAAUGACCAAGCCGUCCUCCAGUGCGAGGCCACCGGUCCCUCCCCGGCGAUUGUUUACUGGCUCAAGAACGGAGAAAGGAUCUCACAGCAAGAUAAUAGCGAAAGCCUGAAUCUGGUCUCGUUUGAUGAUACCGACAUCGUUAAAUCUACCGAUUUUACCCUUACCACCGUCAAGUCGAAGUUGUACAUUGACUGUGCUUCAGCUGACGAUGAGGCCGAGUACACAUGCGUGGCCAUUAGCAAUGAACAGACGGAGUCGGCGACUUAUAAGCUUCAGGUGUCGCGGUCACCAAACCCAAUGACCCCGACAGGCUGUCGCACACACGCCAAAAAGUCACAUCAUAUCGGCAAGCCCGCGCGUAUCACAUUCUGGACUCACAACAAGUUGGUGCCACUCAGCUCCAGCGUAGUAUUGGUUUGUCGUGCACAAGGCACGAACCCGGCGAUUACAUGGGUAAACGAGGAGACUCAAGCGAUGAUCUCGGACUCAGAUGCGGAACGAAUCCACGUACGUGACAAUGGUGAUCUCGAGAUCAAGAAUGUUCAAUGGACCGACAUGGGCGGCUAUGCGUGUCAAGCGGAAAACGAGGUCGGCGCAGACCGCCAGGUCGCCUUCCUCUACCCCUACACUCCAUAAGACGCAGGCACGUAUGGAUGACCACGUCCGACCAUCUACGCAGUCAGCUCCUCAAUCAGGAGAACAAGAUAGCAGGAUAGCAGGAUGACAGGACUACACUGGAAGAAAAUAACCUGUGAAAAAAGUCUAUAUUUAUAUACAGACAUGUAGAUGUAUCGGCGGAUGUGUGGGCUGGGUAGGUUGUAACUUAUAACCGAUUAUUGGUGCGUGUGUCCAGCACGCCACCCAAAACAAACCGUACUGCUCCGUUUCCUUCCACACGGCCUGACUCGCGCGCCUCGAGGGGCCCUGAUUGGACAACAACUUUCUCGUACUCUGUUCUGCCACUCUUACUACUAUUACUACUAGUACUACUGUUACAACUAGGCAGAGCCCGGCUCACAAGCCAGUCUCUUUAGUCGAAGUAUGGCCCUCCCUCUUUGAAAACUUCUUUCACCUCAUCCCGUUUUCGCACUCGUGACAGGGACCACUGGGAAACAAACACGUUUUCACAUACACGGACUGAGCUCUGAACCACACUUAGUCUCUGGAUCCGAGAGUGAUUAUUGACCGGAUAGCCCUUCUUGCUAUGUCUUUCCAAGGACGUUGAUGACUAUGAUGAUUCUUGAUGAUCACUGACUGAGUACUGACCGCGCUUUCUUCAAUUCAACGAACCGAUACAUAGUAUAUAUAUAAUUAGUGGGCAACUACUCAAUGAGAUCUGAUAGACAGUGGUCAUCUUGAACAGAGCGCACCCGUCGAAUGCUACACACAAGAAAACAGCACAGAAAAAAAAAAUAUGGUAAAAUUAUAUGCACGAUGUUGUUCUAUUUGAGAUGGCACCGCUCCAUAGAGAUGUGUACGGUUCAAACACAGCGCCUGGUCACAUGCAAUCGUCAGAUGGACACCGCACAUUGAAAAGUGACAGGAUACUGCUCCUUGUGUCUCGUCCAUUUUUCUGACCUUACAUUCAACUAUAGCCGCUUCACCUUUACAUGAUCAGACUGCGUGUCUAGAAUUGUCUUCUAAACCUCUUUCGGUAAUUUGCUGCCAGCUUCUACUCUUACAAAUACUAUGACCACAGACGCUACAAGAUAGGGCCCAUAGCGUGGCCUUCGGUACUAGCAGCAAAUGCCAAAAAGUCAAAAAAAAAAAACGUUAGAAAUAACUCUAAUCGAGUCAACCAAGUAAUUAGCUAUUAACAAAUUAAUUAAUAAUCAUAA